AGCUCGAACAUCUUAUUUUGUAUAGACAUCUGUCGCUCCAGCUGAAUUCACAAUGGGUUUGCACACCAAGCUAGCAGAGGGUAUCGAUGAGGUGGAUGUGAUCAUUGCCGGAGGUGGAACGGCUAGUUGUAUUAUUGCCGCAAGACUGGCUGAAGCGGAUCCGAACCUGUCCAUCCUAGUCAUCGAGGGUGGUGCCAACAAUUACAAUGUGGCAAGCGUUAUCUACCCGGCCUUGUUUCUACAAAAUCUCGCGCCCAAUAGCACGACAGCCAUAUUCUACAAGGGUAAUAAGGCAAAGCAACUGGCGGAUCGGGAGCCCAUCGUUCCCUCCGGAGGUAUCCUCGGCGGUGGAUCAUCUAUCAACUUUAUGAUGUACACUCGAGCUCAGCGCUCUGACUUCGACUCGUGGAAAACCGCUGGGUGGUCAGCAGACGAACUGUUGCCAUUCAUGAAAAAGCUGGAAACAUAUCACGGCCCUGGCGAGAAAGAGCAUCAUGGAUUUGAUGGUCCAAUCCACGUAUCUAAUAGCACCUACCGUGCUUCGCGGCCGGAAACCGACUUUAUUGAUGCUGCACAAAAGGUUGGAUACCCUGAGAUAAAGGAUCUGCAGAACCUCGAUGCCAACAAUGGUGUCGAGCGGUGGCUGCGUUACGUCUCGCCAGACGGCAAACGUCAAGACACCGCUCAUACGUACCUUCACCCUAAGCUUCAGGAUAGCAACGCCUACCCCAACCUUCACGUGCUUGUGGAGGCUAAAGUUGUACGGGCCGUGGUUGACGACUCAGGUCGAGCAGUGGGAGUUGAAUACACACCUAACCCAGACUUCCAGGCGGCCGGCAUAAGCCUCACCAAGCACCCAAAGCAAACAGUGAAGGCCCGGAAGCUGGUCGUUAUCUCUUGCGGAGCUUGUGGGACUCCGGCUGUGUUGGAGCGGUCUGGUGUGGGUAACGCAGAGGUUCUAGAACGCGCAGGUGUCCCUGUUGUUGUAGAUCUCCCUGGCGUAGGUAAUGACUAUCAAGAUCACCAUUUGGUACUAUAUCCAUACAGGACAAAUCUAGCGGCCGACGAGACUAUUGAUGGGAUACUUAGCGGUCGGGCAGAUGCAGCAGAGCUCAUUGCGAAGAACGACAAGAUUAUGGGCUGGAAUUCAAUUGACAUUUCGUCCAAGGUCCGGCCCACCGAUGAUGAGGUUUCAGCUCUAGGUCCUGAGUUUCAGGCUGCCUGGGACCGAGAUUUCAAGAAUGCUCCAAACAAGCCACUCAUGCUUAUGGGUCUAGUCUCAUGUUUUCUUGGUGACCCAAGCUCGGUUCCGGCUGGACAAUACGUCACUAUCGGAAACUACACAGCCUACCCUUAUUCUCGAGGCCAUAUGCACAUUACUGGGUCCGACCAUAGUGAUCGACUUGAUUUCGAUGUCGGCUUCUUUACCGACCCACACGAUAUCGACCUGAAGAAACAGAUUUGGGCGUAUAAGAAGCAACGUGAGAUCAUGCGUCGCACUAAGAUGUAUAGGGGCGAACUGGCCCUCGGCCACCCACGAUUUCCAGCUGGGUCUAAUGCCGCUUGUGUGGAGACAAACGGCCCCCUUAAUGAUGUGUGCGACCUGAAAUACUCAGCCGAAGAUGACAAAGCAAUUGAGGAAUGGCUGCGUGAGAACGUUAAUACUACUUGGCACUCGCUGGGAACUGCCAAGAUGGCUCCGCUGGAGGAAAUGGGUGUUGUCAAACCUAAUCUCGACGUCCAUGGCGUUAAGGGGUUGAAGGUUGCUGACAUGAGUAUUGCACCCGAGAAUGUUGGGGCGAACACCAACAACACAGCUUUAGUUAUUGGUGAGAAAGCUGCAGAUAUAAUCAUGCAGGAAUUGGGUCUUAAUCAACGCUAAGCAAUACCAAAGAG